AAGCUUUUCGAUCAGAAAAGAAAAUUUGAUUGAAUUUGGGCAAUCUGUCUUUCUUAAAUUCUCCUCCUGUUUUUCAGUGUUUACACCUAUCUGCCAAAUUGCUCUUGCUCUUGCUCUUGUAUAACUAGUUUGUCAAUUCCCCAGCCUUUCAUUGAUCCAAACGAUGAACCCACCAACCCCGCCGCCAGCAAGUCGACGGAAUUAUAAUGUCUUCCUCAGUUUCAGUGGUGAAGACACCCCAGAGAGUUUUAUAGAGCAUCUGUGUCGAGCUUUGGAUCAGAAAGGAAUAUCGACAUUUCGAGGUGAUCAACUUGAGCCUGGGGAACCAACCCGUCCAAGUGUCUUCAAAGCAAUUGAGGAAUCGAGAUGUGCAAUUGUCAUUCUUUCAUCCAGCUAUGCCAAUUCAACUAGGUGUUUGGAUGAGCUUGCAAAGGCCGCUGAAUGUGUGCGAAUGCCGGAGGGAAUAUUCCCAGUUUUCUAUAAUGUAGAUGACGCUGACGUGCGAAAUCUAAGGGGCUAUUUUGGGGAAGCUUUCUCCCAGCUUGAACAACGCUUCGAAGCCGAUACGGAGAAGAUCGGAAAAUGGAGAUCUUUACUUAAACGGCUAGGCAAUGUCAAUGGGUGGUAUCCACUGAAGUCCAGAGACCAAGACAAAUGUAUCCAAGGUAUUGUUGAAAAGGUUCUCAAAGAACUAGAGUCUAGGGCACAACAAGAGAAACAAACGGAUACGGCACAACAAGAGAAACAAACGGAUAUGAGCAUCUCUCUAUAUAACAGAUAUGGUCAUACAGCUACAGAGCUGUGCCCUCCCACUGAACAAAAGCAAAUGGCACAAGAAAAGGACAAAACGAGCAAUGUGAAUUUGGAAGAAAACAUGGGGCUUGCAGAUGCAGUCAAGGUUGCUGUUGAGGAAGACUUAAUUAAAUAUUGUUGCCUCUUUCCAUCUGGUUAUAAAUUAGAUACAGAGCUGUGCCCUCCCACUGAACACAAGCAAAUGGCACAAGAAAAGGACGAAACAGGAACGAGCAAUGUGAAUUUGGAAGAAAACAUGGGGCUUGCAGAUGCAGUCAAGGUUGCUGUUGAGGAAGACUUAAUUCAAUAUUGCUGCCUCUUUCCAUCUGGUUAUGAAUUUAGAGAAGAUGAGUUGGUUCAACUAUGGAUAGCUGAAGGCCUUAUUAAGGAAGAAAGCAAUGAAAAGAGAAUGGAGGAUACUGGGAUUGACCUUUUCAAUUCAUUGGUGCAUAAAGGUUUUCUAGUGCGCUCAAGAUGUGAUUUCGAAGUGGAUUUUGAUUCGGUGAUCUCAGUGCCCAUGUAUAGUCCCAGCACCUUUUUCUACAAAGUAAAUCCGGUUGAGCUUUUACUGUCUGCAAACAAAAGUUCUCCUGCUAAAUAUUGCAGAGCCAUAGAUGGUAAGUUUGACGGAGCCUCCAAAUCAAUGACUCAACAUUUGCCUUUGGUUUAUGAGGACAUUGAUGAGAUGACUUUUGGGGUUCUCCAAAAAUUCAAGAAUCUGCGCACACUGCUUUUGCUUUCUGGUCGUGGAUCCGCCAUCAAACGUAUUCCUGGUGAGUUGUUUUUGAGGUUAAACUUCUUGACAACAUUAAAUUUGAGUCGAACACUCAUCUCUGGGUUGCCAAGUUCCAUUGGAGAUGCACAGCUGUUACGAUAUCUUGAUGUCUCCUAUACACUGAUUACACGAUUGCCUGAAUCAAUUGGUUCUCUGAACAAAUUACAGACCUUAAAACUCAAAGGUUGUAAAGAUUUAUUUGAUUUACCAAGGAGUAUGGACAGGCUCACUGCUCUACGACAUCUCGAUUUUGAUAUCAUCAGACAACUGGAUUUCAUGCCUGCUUACUUGGGAAACUUGAGGAACCUUCAGACUUUGUCAGCAUUUCUUGUGGGUAGAGAUGAUAGGCGCCGUAUCCGAGAGCUGAAGUAUUUAAAUUAUCUUGGAGGAGCACUUCGCAUUUUUCGGCUCGAAAAUGUGUUGAGCAAGGCAGACGCUGAGGCAGUGGAUUUGAAAAACAAGAAAAGACUGCAGAGGUUAGAUUUCCGAUGGACUAAACUGAUGGGUGAGAAAGAAAAUAAGAUGCAAGAAGAGAUCCUCGACUCUCUCCGACCCCCUACGGGUCUUAAAGAGUUGCAGAUAUUGUUCUACAGUGGAACAAAAUUCCCAUCUUGGUUGAGCGAUACAUCUAUUACUGACCUUGUUGUCAUCACCCUCUACAAAUGUGCAAACUGUGAGCAUCUCCCAUCUCUCGGUCGAUUACCAAACCUUAAGUUUCUUUCAAUUGUAGAGGUGAAUGAGGUGAAGGAAAUCGCUCCGACAUUUUUCAGAAGUCUUGAUCACCCAAAAUCCUUGAAGGCGUUUCCAAAACUUGAGAUACUAGAGGUUGACAGCAUGCUUCAUUUGAAAGACUGGAAGGAAGUACAAGAAGGUGAUUUGGAGUCCCUCAUUAAACUCACAAUGGAGUCUUGCCCUGAACUUGUUACUGUUCCAUCAUUUUCAGGCCUCAAAAUCCUCAAGUAUUUAGAGUUUAACCACUGCCCAGAGCUUCUUUCAUUGGACUGCAAUGCGGUUCCAACUUCACUCGAGUCUUUAAUAAUACGAGACUGCCCGAAACUGAAAGAAUCGUGGCCCAAGGAGGGACAUCAAGAUUUGAGGGAACUUGAGUCAUGUUCUUAGAGUUUGGUUCGAUUAGUAGGUAAGAAACUAAGAAUAAUUAUGAAGUCUUUAAUCCCUUAAAAAAAAAAUGAAAUCUUUAAUUUUUUUUAUCAAGGAAUAACUCUGAAAUUGGAAUGCUUUUCAAUUGUCACAUUGAAGUAGAAGCUUUCUGGAAUGUAGUUGGACCUUCAUGGUUGGAGAAACUUCUUGUUGAAGAUAUUUCUAGUUGAUUGUGGAGAGUGAUACUCUUUUUUACUUGCGUUUUUGCCUACACUUUUUAAUGAGGCCACAUUUGUUCCCUUUAGUUGUAAAUUG